UUCAAAUCCUGCAUCUGGCUACUACUUGCCCCUUAUGUUUCCCCUUCAACAUUGUCUAGAUAAUCAGAUAACCAUUUCUUCAAUACCUCAACUCGCCCGCACAGAGCUCUUGUCGUUGCACAAUGCCUCGGGCUUCUCCCAUUCUUGCCAAGGCGCUCGAGCCUGGCGCUACCAUCGCCUUUAUUUCUCCCUCACUACGGCUGAAUGAUGUGAUGUCCGCCACGGUCUCGCGCGCAACCAACGUGCUGACGAGCCGGGGGUACAAGGUGCGGGAGCUGUUUACGCGCGACACAGGGAUCCAGUCGUGCAUAGCGAACCGGCUCUCGGAGAUCCGCACCGCCUUCAUGGACCCGACAAUCUCGGCCGUCUUCUGCACCAUCGGCGGCUCGACCUUCACCGAGCUGCUACCCGCCCUUUUGGCCGACACGGAACUCCACGAGGCCAUCCGCGCCAACCCCAAGAUCGUGGUCGGCUACUCGGAUAUCUCGGGCCUGCACUGGUUCCUGUACGCCGUUGCCGGCCUACGCACCUUCUACGGGCCCGGCCCCAUCUGCGAGCUGGGCGAGGCCAGCUCGUCCGACGAACCCUCCUCCGCCCUUGCCUUUUGUGUCCGCAACCUCUUCGCCGCUACCGCCUCGCGCGAGCCCAUCGGCGACGUCGAGCGCUCGCUGACGUACGCGCCAAAGGUGGACGCAUGCUACAACGACCCGGCAUCCCUCACGCCUCCGGACCUGCUGCCCUCCCCGGCCUGGACGUGGCUGCGCGGCGGCAAGGCGCAGGGGCGCCUUUUUGGCGGCUGUCUGACCGUGGUAGCGCGGCUGGCGGGCGUGCAGGCCAUCGUGCCCGACUGGCGCAGCCGGAUCGUGUUCCUCGAGACGGCGGCGGGCGACGACGACUCGGGCAACCCGCUGCCGCGCGUCCAGGCCGGCUUUGCCGAUCUGAUCGCGCAGGGCGUCUUCGAAGAGGCGGCAGGCUUAGUUGUGGGUCGCCCGUUUGGCUACCGUGCGGAAGCGGCUCUCGCCAAGUAUGCGGGCGUCAUCACGGGCCUGCUCUGCGAGGGCCGCCUGGCUGCCAAAAACCCGUUCCCCAUCCUGUUCAAUAUCGACAUUGGCCACACCACGCCCAUGGUCACGUUGCCGUUUGAUGCCCUGGCUGAGCUGGAUUCUAGCAAGGACCGGUUUGCCAUUCUGGAGUCGGGGGUUGCAUGAGGGACCGGGUGCCGAAUAAUUAAUUCCUGCUUUUAAGCCUAUCCGUUUUAAGCUCCUAGAAUCUUGAUGAGUGCAUAGACUAAGCGAGUAUCUACAUUGAGUUCUAAAAGUCAGAGACAGUUAUUAUCGCACGCUAGUGCAAUUUGUACCAAGGCCACAAUUACUGGGCGGGAUGGAACAAUCGCGCAUGUAAAUAGGGUUGCUAAGUACCUAAGCUCCAAUUUUGGAUAUUGAAACA